AACAGGCAUCAACUCACUGAGACAGUUCAACAAAAUCAAACUAGCUCUGUUCAACUUCGCAAGUCCACUAGUAGUACUACACACAAGGAUCACAAGUCAGUCUCCACUCUCCAGCAGUGCAGCAAGAACAAGAAGCGCAGGAGAAGCAAUGGCUGGUCCGGCGAAGGCGUCGUGGAUGGUGGCCAUGAGCGUGGGCGCCGUGGAGGCGCUCAAGGAUCAGGCCGGGCUCUGCCGCUGGAACUAUGCCCUCAGGUCCAUCCACCGGGCUGCCAAGGCCAACGUCCGUGGGGGCGCCUCGCAGGGCACCAAGCAGCUUCCGGCCUCCGCGGUGGCUGUGGCGGAGAGGCGGCGAGCGGAGAAGGCCGAGGAGGGGCUGAGGACCGUCAUGUACCUCAGCUGCUGGGGCCCAAAUUAGGAGUACUAGUAGCUUAGGGAUGUUGUGUUCGUUGCAGGUUGUGCUUAUGCACAACCCCAUGAUCGAUUUGUAAAUACAGCAAGAUGAUGAUGAUGAAAAUUUCGGCUAUGAAUUUAUCUCA